CCUGUUCUCAAUCUCGAGUUCACACUACAGAAUUAUUAUUGUUAAUUUUCAUUUCAUUCAGAAAAAUGUCAGCUUCGCAAUAAAAUUUGCGUUCAAUGACAAGAUUUGUUCAUUGGUUGAGUUUUUCAGUGGAAUUAAAUCAAAGUGAAUUAUAUAGCAUCACUCAUGCUUGAAACUUUUCUUUGGUGGCUUUAGUUAAAUGGUUUUAUAUUGAAGUGUUAUGUAUCGUGUGACUUUAUACAUUCUUUGUUUAUUACUAAAAGAAAUGCAAACUGAUGGUGACAAAAAACGUUUGGCUUAAUCAACGAGUCAAGCAAAUAAUGAAAACAAGUGAUUUUCUAACACGACUAUUAAAUUAGAAUGGUCGUGACAUCAAACGUGGAAGGUGCAAUGAGCGCCACCGACGGCGCCGAAAAGUCGGUUCUAGCCGCCAACUGCUAUUGCAGAGAUUACAUUCGUGGAUUUUGUGCACGGGAAAACUGCAGAUUUAUUCAUGAUGUGCCUCCUAAGUCCUGCUUGAAGGAACUGUUUCGGUUCUGUCACGAUUUUCAGAAUAAAGGCUGUUUCAGAACAAAUUGCAAAUUUAUACACAGCACUGUAGAAGAUGAGGACAAAUUCUAUGCCACAGGCAUGUUUCCACGGAACACACGUAAUACACCAGUUUGCCAAGCUUAUGUAGCCAAUGCUUGUUCUAAUCAAGACUGUCAAUAUGUACAUCCACCUGAUGUACCCGGGAAUGAGAUUGUGUCCGUACUGAAUAUGCCACCUCCACUGCAAUACAGUCGCCCACCACCUCCAAUUCGAGAUGACGAUUCCCCUCCAGAGGCUAAAUUACGCCGCUUUGCAUUUGAAGAAAAUAGUUUAGAUAACCAAGUGUUAACCACAUCAAACCUAUGCGGUAAUUGUGAGGCAAUGGACCAUAAAAUAAAAUUACUUCAUGAUAAUAUUAGUGUACUCUUGAAAAAAGUUGGAGAUUUGACUGAAAAGAAUGUGCAGUUGACUUCUAUGAAUGAAUUUUUACUAGAACAAACAGCUGCUGUGAGAACUGGCCAGCCUUGUGUUAUCACUUCUAGACACGGCACGUCAGCACCUGUAUCUCUGGCCACAGUCAGUGUCACUCCUGUUGUGAGUCUUGCUGGUGCUCUUCCAGCCUUAGUCCCUGCAGCAGCUACACCAAAUUUGGCAUUAGCUCCAGCUGCUUCUCGAGCUCAAUUAUUAACACCUGCACCACAAAUCCUAACAGUGAGCACAACUCAACAGUUGAUGGGUAACUCUGGUGCCCUUAUAGUUACUAGUGCUGGUGCCCAACAAUUGAUGCAAGUUAGUGAUUCAGGAACAUUGAUGGGUGGAGGACAAACUGUCGUAGCAGUUCCUGCUCAGUUGACUUUAGCACAGCCUGCACAACAGCUCAUGAGUAAUGCAUCUCAAACUGCUGUACAACAACUUGUGCAGCAAUCAGCAUUACAACCUCAACUAGGACCUCAACAUCAAGCUACCCAGUAUGCUACUCAGCAAUCUGUACAACAUUUAGCUGCUCAGCAAAAUGCUCAACAUCUAGCUCAACAAUCUGCACAACAUUUGGCAGCUCAGCAGUCUGCCCAACAUUUAGCAGCCCAACAAUCAGCACAGCACUUGGCAGCCCAACAAUCAGCUCAACAUAUGGCUGCUCAACAGUCUGCACAACAUCUAGCAGCACAGCAAUCUGCACAGCAUUUAGCUGUUCAGCAAUCUGCUCAACACUUAGCAGCACAACAAUCUGCACAGCACUUGGCGGCACAACAAUCAGCACAGCACUUGGCUCAACAAUCUGCUCAGCACUUAGCUGCACAGCAAUCUGCUCAGCAUCUAGCAGCUCAACAAUCUGCGCAGCAUUUGGCCGCAGCGGCGCAACAGUCGGCACAGCAGCUUGCAGCCGCCGCACAGCAGUCUGCUCAACAAAUGGUAGCUCAGCAGUCUGCACAACAGUUAGCUGCUCAGCAGUCAGCACAGCAGCAGCUUGUUCCCUCUGCUCAACAGCUUGUACAUCAAACAUCCACCCAGCAAAUUACUAUCUCUAGCACUAGUCAGCCUAUGGCACUUACUAAUUCUCAGGCUCAGCCAAUUACAUUCCCUAUGAUAUCACAAAGUAUACUACCACAUUGACACAUUUACACACCCAUUGUUAUAACUGAAUGAAUCUGACUUAAUGAAUGAAAUGAAUAAAAAUUAUUAGAAGUUGAUUAAUCAUCACGGUAUAAUAGAAAUCUAAGUAAUAAUUUAAGCAAUAUUGAUAUUCAAGAGGGAAGUGUUAUUAAACACAGAUCUAACAGUGUUAAUUAAGAAUUCAUUAUGCUUUUAAAUAAUACAUGAAGCAGUAUUUUUAUGAUAUUAUUGUACUUGCUGUGGUAUAUGUACACUCAAUUAGGUAAUUUGCAAAGACCACUGCAUUCUAUGUUUAGUUAGUUAUUAAGAUGUUAUGAAGAGUAGGCAUAGCUGCCUUAUUCAUAAACAGUUAUUUUUCGCCUAAUAAUUAGCUAUUAAACUUUUUGUCCAACUCUCUCAAACUAUCUUUAAACUUGAAAGAAAGGGACCAUACAGUUUAAUAGCUAAAUGAGUUUUUUACGCGAAUUGUAGAUGGCAGUAUAUGAAUAAGACAAUUAUACCUAAAAACAAAUAUCUUGUCGGAGUUGAUAGUCAUUUGCGGGCCCACCGUGGCGCAUGCUGUGCACGGGCACGCGGCCUAUUUUAGCUGCGUGUAUUAAUUUGUUUGACAACGUGGGUGUACGUGUAUCAGUGACGUGAAUUUAUGCGUAGCUUCUCCGUGGGUUGCAGUGCACACACACAUACAUUUUCUUCCAAAGCGAAGUUUUGUACACAUGCCUCUGCACCGGUGUGCCCGGUGUGCACACUGCAGUGUGCCCGCGCCUUAAUGUUGAUUUUUAAGCACUCCACCGACAAAAGAACUGUGGUUUAAUCUCGCUUGGCUGCCAAACUCGAUUCAAAGUCUUUGGGCCAUCUCCACAGGGCGAAAGGCAGAAUUGUUGCUGUAUCGGUAUCACAAAAUCGCCCACAGAGAUGGCGCCUUUAGAUCCAAAGAAAAAAUUACAGUAAUUUUGAAUCAAGUGUGAAUGAUGACUUAAUUUAAGUUUGAUACUAUUCAAUGUAUACGAUCAAUAAGAACACGUGUUUGCUUAUUUUGCAUUCACUGCGAGUCUGUAAAUUAAUACAUUUCAGUUAUACAAAUAGACUCGAGUGGCAUAGUAAAUUCUAUGGGUAUAAAAUAAUAUCCACUUUUCUAGAAUUGGUUAAAAAUGUUUGGCUAUCUAUUUGUGGGCUAUAAGAAAUGAGGUAGCUAUGCCAUUUAUUUUUCAUAAGAAAUUAAAAGGAAGUUUGAAAUA